AGGUAGAAAAGGAAAUCUUCUUUGAAGGUAGCCAGAUACAACUACAACGUUAUACUACCUGACAGCAUUCAUCUCUUGCCUUUUAAGCAUCUUUCUACCAAAUCGGUAGCAGUUUCUUUGGCUGAUUUUUAUUUGUUAAUGGACGUCGAGUCGACGUCAGUCACCACAAGUUCGCGCCAAUAGCUUUGCCCCAAUUAACAAUGGACGUGCUGACUGUUGUUUUGUUUUUCAUCGUGGCUUCGCUCGCUUGGUACUGGAGGUGGGAACGCUCUAUUUUUGUUCGGCAAGUGGACGACAUCCCUGGACCGCCCAGAGUGUUUCUUUUCGGAAACAUCUUUGCACUCCCUCGAGAUGGACCAGGACUGUUACAGAUAUUCAAUGUAAAAUGGACAAAGGCUUAUGGCCACAUCUAUCGAUUUUGGCGAGGUAUGUUCGCGAUUGUCAACAUUUCGUCUCCUUCCGAUGUCGAGGUCAUUUUGACUAGCCAAGUUCACAUCAAUAAAAGCAUCACCGGUGCUUUUCUGUUACCAUGGCUUGGCGAUGGACUCUUACUGUCUGCAGGCGAUAAGUGGAGGAAAGAUCGAAAAUUGCUGACUCCGGCAUUCCACUUUCAAAUUCUUGAUGGCUUCUUUGACGUCUUUAAUCGCAAUUCCGAAAUCUUUGUCGAGCAAAUCAAGAAAAGAUUGUUGGUGGAAAAGGAGAUUGAUAUUUAUCCAAUGACUUCCCGAUGUACGCUGGACAUCAUAUGUGAGGCUGCAAUGGGAAUCCAGAUUGAUGCCCAAUUGAAUUACGAUUCCGAAUAUAUCACAGCAAUUGACAGAAUCGAAACGAUGAUUCAAGGAAGAAUCAACUCUCUUCUUGGACUACUGCCAGAUUGGUUCUACUUUCAAUUCACGCCCCAUGGACGAAAACUUCAAAAGUUCUUGGAUCUUGUUCACGGUUUCACACGAAAGGUUAUGAUGGCUAGGAAAGCCAUAGUGGAUGAACAAAAUGCUGACGAAGCUGCAACGGAAAAUCAGCAGUCAGGAUCAAGAAAAAGACGAGCUUUUCUAGAUUUGCUGUUGGAAGCUGCGCGAAAGGGGGCUGCCAUGAGCGAGACAGACAUAAUUAGCCAAGUCGACACUUUCAUGUUUGAGGGUCACGACACCACAUCGGCUGCUGUUACAUGGUUCUUGUACUGUAUGGCAACGCAUCCACAUGAACAGGAUCGAGUUUACCAAGAGCUACAGGACUGUUUCGGCGAUUCGGACCGGCCUUGCACCCUAGAAGAUCUAUCAAAGUUGAAACAUCUGGACUGUUGCAUCAAAGAAUCAUUGCGUCUUCAUCCGCCAGUUCCAUUUAUUAGGCGCGGGAUCAACCAGGACGUCCGUUUAAGUGGCCACACUAUUCCAGCCAAAACUUCCUUAGGAAUUCAAAUUUACGCUUUACACCAUAACGAGGAAUUCUUUCCAGAUCCAGAAGCAUUCAAGCCGGAACGAUUUCUACCCGACCAAACGAUUGGUCGAAAUCCAUUCGCUUAUGUGCCGUUCAGCGCUGGUCCAAGAAACUGCAUCGGUCAAAAAUUCGCUCUUUACGAAGACAAGGUGAUUGUGACAACUCUACUUCGUCAGUUCCGAUUCGACAUACAUCCAGAUCGUCUCCCAAUACGAGAAUCAUUGAAUAUGAUUCUGAAACCAGAAGGUGGAAUGCCUUUACUCAUCACACCUCGCUGCUAAACGUCACUGUAUCAGCAAUCGUUACCUAACUCAUCCGUUCAACAGGAAUCAGAUGUUGAUCGCCCAGAAAUCACGAAAGUACAGUUCAGAAAAUGAGUGCCAAUUUUUAAACAUGUAGUGACUAAACGUAAGAUAAAAUUUUAGUUUUCAUUAUGAAUUAUUAUUACCACAGACAAACAAUUCCAUCCGCAAUUUGACGCAUUUCAUUUGGUUUUGAAGUCCUGCGGUCAUUGGAAAACUGAAUUUAAACUCUUAUAGAAUUUUAUAGUAAACUUCCUUAUACCCCGUUAGAUUAAACAAUUUAGAAAAUGGCAUACGAUAUUGGCUCUCAAUACAAAAGGCAAUGUUGA